UAAACUUUCCAUCACAGAUAAUUUCUUUCUACCAAAAAUACCAAAAUGGAUCGUUCGAUUUUUGUUUGCGGGUUAGUGGUUUUAGCUCUUAUUAUUGCAAUUAGUUCUGUUAAUGGAAACGAUCAAUGCCCUAAUACCAUUGUUAAGCUUUUGCCAUGCAGAGGUUUUUUAAUGGGAAAGGGUGAUAUUAGUGUCCCUUGUUGCAACGGUGUUAAGGUAUUAAUGAAAAUGGCUACUUCUGAUGAUGAUUUGAAGCUUCAAAAUAUGUGUGAAUGUCUCAAGAAAGAAGCUUUGGCUAUUGGAGUAAUUCAAGAAAGAGCUAACCAAAUUCCUCAACUUUGCAACGUCAAUCUUUCCAUUCCUAUUGAUCCUAAUGUGGAUUGCAAAAAAUUAAAAACUUCAUCAUCUACUGGAGAGUUCAAGCUGAAGAAUUACAAGAAUACUGGGAUCAUGGCUUUCAGAAGACCAAAUUAUAAUCAUCACAAUUACCAUUCAAUACCUCGUAAGAAGCCUCUAAUAGUCAAUUAAGUGAAGAGGCAUCUCCAUCAAGUGAAAUACAGAAAUAUCUAAGAAGACUGGUCAUUUCAUUAAACUUAGUGUGUACUGUGCUUGGAUAUGUAUGAUAUGAUCAAAUGUUUUAUCUAAUAAAUUAUUCAAACUUUUAUC